AUUUUCAAAAUGAGUGCUAUACCAGGAAGUAUUGCAUUUGAUGAAUAUGGACGACCGUUUAUAAUUCUUAGAGACCAAGAUAAGCAAAAGAGAUUGACCGGGAUAGAUGCACUUAAGUCACAUAUUUUGGCAGCGAGACAAAUCGCUCAAACAAUAAGCACUUCUUUGGGUCCCAAAGGUUUAGACAAAAUGAUGGUAUCACCUGAUGGUGAAGUAACAGUUACUAAUGAUGGUGCUACUAUUUUGAAAAUGAUGGAUGUUGAACAUGAAGUAGCUAAAUUGCUAGUACAGUUAUCACAAUCCCAAGAUGAUGAAAUUGGUGAUGGUACCACAGGUGUUGUUGUUCUGGCUGGUGCCCUUUUGGAGCAAGCAGGAUCCUUAAUAGACAGAGGUAUUCAUCCCAUAAGGAUUGCUGAUGGCUUUGAGCUAGCUUGUCAAACAGCUGUAGCUCAUUUGGAAAAAAUUGCUGAACUAUUUCCAGUAUCAGCAGAAAACACUGAACCUUUAAUAAAAGUUGCAAUGACCACAUUGGGAUCUAAAAUCAUUAACAAAUGUCAUAAACAGAUGGCAGAAAUAGCUGUUAAUGCUGUCUUAGCUGUUGCAGAUUUAGAACAGAAAGAUGUUAAUUUUGAACUUAUUAAAGUUGAAGGAAAGGUUGGUGGAAAAUUGGAAGACACAACAUUAGUUAAAGGUGUAGUUAUUGACAAAACAAUGUCCCAUCCACAAAUGCCCAAAGAACUAAAAGAUGUAAAAUUGGCUAUUCUUACCUGUCCAUUUGAACCACCAAAACCAAAGACCAAACAUAAGUUGGAUGUAAGCAGUGUGGAAGAUUAUAAGGAACUAAGACAGUAUGAACAUGAUAAGUUCAAGGAAAUAGUUGGAUUAGUAAAGAAAGCUGGAGCUACAUUAGCAAUUUGCCAAUGGGGCUUCGAUGAUGAAGCCAAUCACUUAUUGUUACAACAAGAGUUACCAGCUGUAAGAUGGGUUGGAGGUCCAGAAAUUGAACUUAUAGCAAUAGCUACUGGCGGUAGGAUAGUACCCCGUUUUGAAGAACUUACUCCGGAAAAACUUGGUAAUGCUGGUUUGGUACGGGAAAUUGCAUUUGGCACCACUAAAGACAGAAUGUUGGUCAUUGAAGAAUGUUCAAAUUCACGGGCAGUUACAAUUCUUGUUAGAGGAGGUAAUCAAAUGUUAGUAGCUGAAGCCAAGAGAAGUCUCCAUGAUGCAUUAUGUGUUGUCAGGAGUUUAGUUCAGGAACCAAGAGUAGUGUAUGGUGGUGGAGCAGCAGAAAUUGCCUGCAGUUUGGCAGUUGCGGCUCAAGCAGAUCAACUAGCUUCCUUGGAACAGUACGCCUAUCGUGCAUUUGCUGAGGCCUUAGAAAGUAUACCACUUGCUUUGGCUGAUAACAGUGGACUGUCUGCCAUCCAUACAUUAGGAGAAGUGAAGGCUAAACAAGCAGCUACAGGAGAUCCAGCUCUCGGUAUCGAUUGUAUGAAUACUGGAAACCUCAACAUGAGAGAACAACAUGUUAUCGAAUCACUCAGAUCAAAGAGGCAACAAUUUUUGUUGGCCACCCAGUUGGUUAAAAUGAUAUUGAAAAUUGACGAUGUACGCCAACCUGCAUCGGGAUAAAAUAGCUCUUAUUUUUAUACUACCGGCGUUAAUUUCUAAUUCUCACUAAUAAUGACUUUUAUAAGUUGAUCUGCGUAAUGCUUCUUUGUUCUUAUAAUCACUGAAAGUAUUAAUAUAAUUUAUAG